UGGCCGUUGCUCAGUGGCUCGUGCAGUGAAUUUAGUCAAAAUGUUUCAGCCGCGGGUUAUGUUAACGUUCAUGGAGGUGCCAAGGAAAAGAACCAUGGCGGAAGCCGGGAGCCUUGAGGAAAGGUUCCGGUUGAUACCAACCAGCAAUAAUACCACUCCAAACAAGGACUCGAAGGGAAACGCGUGGCAAUUGAAACCGGGGGAAAAGGAGAACGAGAAUAAAUUACCAGACCCAUUAAAUGAAGAUGUACAGAAAGGACAAUUCUCUGACACGAGUUCAGAACCAUCUGAAGCAAAGGCUGAGGAAGUACCAAGUAUACCUUUUAUUACACUAUUCAGAUUUGCAUCGACAAGGGACAAACUCUUCAUAAUCUGCGCGUUAAUAUGUUCCGCGGUCGCCGCAGUAUCCACGCCACUGAACACACUGUUGCUAGCGUACCUACUCGAAGCUAUGGUCAACUACAGCAUCUUUGGUGAUGCUGAUGCCUUCAUGAAGUCGUUGCUAAACUUCGCCAUAUACAAUGCGGCUGUUGGAGCGGCCCUUGUGGUUCUGUCUUACGCUGCCACUACUUUGAUGAACAUCGCUGCUUAUAACCAAGUAUAUGUAAUACGUCAAGAGUAUUUGAAAGCAGCUCUAAACCAGGACUUUGGAUACUUUGACGUUCAUAAAAAUGCAGAAAUAGCUAACAAAAUGAACAGUGAUAUAAUGAAGCUAGAAGAGGGUAUCGGAGAGAAGUUAGCGACAUUCUUCUUCUACCAGGCUUCGUUCUUGAGCAGCGUGAUCAUGGCGCUGGUCAAAGGAUGGAAGCUUGCUCUGCUGUGCCUCAUCUCCUUCCCGGUCACCAUGACCCUUGUAGGCGUUGCUGGAUUGAUAGCUGCAAGUCUUUCAAAGAAAGAAGCUAUAGCGACCGGUAAGGCAGGUGCUAUCGCGGAGGAGGUGAUAUCUGCCAUCCGGACUGUGUACGCCUUCAGUGGGCAGGAGAAGGAGCUCGACAGAUACGAGGGACAUCUCAAUGACGCCAGGAAGAUCAAUGUUAAGAAGAGUUUGUUCAACGGUCUGGCAAUGGGUUGCCUGUUCUUCUGCAUAUUCUGCGCGUACGCACUCUCCUUCUGGUUCGGUUACAGACUGAUGGUAACAGAUGGAUACGACGUUUCUACCAUGAUUGCUGUAUUCUUCGGUGUUAUGACUGGUUCAGCCAACUUCGGUAUAUCGUCGACUCUGAUGGAGGUGUUCGGCUCGGCCCGCGGAGCCGGCGCUCACAUCUUCAACAUGAUCGACAAUGUGCCCACCAUCAACCCCCUACAGAACAGGGGCACUGUGCCCAGUGAUAUUGAGGGCAACAUCGAGCUGAAGAACGUUGAGUUCCACUACCCAUCCAGACCUGAUGUUCCUGUACUAAAAGGAGUGAGUAUAAAGGUGAAGCGCGGUCAGUCUGUGGCCCUGGUCGGCCACUCAGGAUGCGGCAAGUCCACCAUCAUACAACUCAUCUCCAGAUUCUACGACGUCGUCGAAGGAAGUGUCGCAAUCGACGGUAAUGACGUCCGCGACCUAUCAGUCCGUUGGCUGCGCGAGCAGAUCGGCCUAGUAGGCCAGGAGCCCGUCCUAUUCAACACUACCGUCCGGGAGAACAUUCGCUAUGGACGUGAGAACGCCACCAAUGAGGAGAUCGAAGCCUGCGCCAGACAAGCUAAUGCACACCAGUUCAUCAUGAAACUGCCGAAGGGUUACGACACACUGGUGGGAGAGCGUGGUGCGUCACUCUCAGGUGGUCAGAAACAACGUAUCGCCAUCGCUCGAGCUCUGGUACGGAACCCGAAGAUAUUGCUACUGGAUGAGGCUACCAGCGCCCUCGACACCUCUUCUGAAGCCAAAGUACAGAAAGCACUUGAUAAGGCACAAGAAGGUCGCACGACAAUAGUGGUGGCUCACAGACUGUCCACAAUCAGGAACGUCGAUGUGAUAUACGUGUUCAAGGCUGGUUUGGUGGUGGAAUGUGGCAACCAUACAGAACUGAUGGCAAGCAAGGGACACUACUACGAUAUGGUGAUGCUGCAGAACCUGCCUGGCGUGGAUGAGCAGUCGCCUGAAAAAACUAAAUUGUCUCGCGAGACUUCCAUAAUCAGUGAGAAGGAUGACGAGGACGAGUUCUUGGAAUUCCGAAAUGAUGACAAAGAAGAGGACGCUGCGGAAGCUCCCGAUAUUUCCUUCAUGAGAGUGCUGAAGCUGAACAAGCCGGAGUGGAAGUCCGUCACCCUCGCCAGCAUCUGUUCUCUCAUGAGCGGCUUCUGCAUGCCACUGUUCGCCGUCAUCUUUGGAGACUUCCUUGCGUUACUUGAUGGCGACGAUCCUGAUGAAAUUCAAAAAGGAGUGUCACGAUUGGCGUUGAUCUUUGUCGGCAUCGGAGUGUUCUCUGGCAUCACUAACUUCAUUGUGGUAUUCUUCUACGGAAUAGCGGGUGAAGCGUUGACCAAGCGGCUGCGGCUGAUGAUGUUCAGGAAGCUGCUGGAGAUGGACAUCGGGUUCUACGACGACAAGGACAACUCCACCGGAGCACUCUGCGCUAGACUUUCUGGGGAGGCCGCCGCCGUGCAAGGGGCUACAGGUCAAAGAAUCGGUACAGUGGUACAGGCAGUUGGUACAUUCGGGUUCGCUCUGGUGCUGUCCCUGAUCUUCGAGUGGCGAGUGGGUCUGGUGGCCCUGACCUUCGUGCCCAUCAUCAUAUUCGUGCUGUACAAGGAAGGCAGGAUGACUUACGCCGCUACUUCUGGCACCGUCAAGGUCAUGGAGACUAGUUCUAAGAUAGCCGUAGAAGCCGUGGCCAACGUCCGAACAGUAGCGUCGCUGGGUCGCGAGGAGACGUUCCGUCGCGAGUACUCGAAGCAGCUGCGGCCGGCGCUGGACACGGCCGUGCGCUCCUCGCACUGGCGCGGCCUCGUGUUCGGCAUGUCGCGCGGAGUCUUCAACUUCGUCAUCGCCAGCUCGCUGUACUACGGCGGAACCAUCAUCGUCAACGAAGGCGUGCCUUUCGAACAAGUCUUCAAGUCAGCUCAAGCCCUAUUGAUGGGCGCUACGUCAGCGGCGCAGGCGUUUGCCUUCGCCCCCAACUUCCAGAAGGGCAUCAAGGCAGCAGGCCGUGUCAUCGUCCUACUGGGCAGACAGUCCAAGAUCACUGACCCAGUGGAACCUGCUGUCAAACACUUCAACGGUACAGGAGAAGCGAGUCUCCAGGGCAUUCAGUUCAGGUACCCGACCCGGCCUCUGGUGCGCGUACUGAAGGACCUGAACCUGGAGAUACAGCGCGGGAAGACCGUGGCGCUGGUGGGGGCCAGCGGCUGCGGGAAGAGCACCGUCAUACAACUGCUCGAGAGGUACUACGAUCCUGAAGACGGCAUUGUGGCUCAAGACGGCGUCCCGCUUCCGAAGCUGAACCUAGUAGACGCUCGACGCGCGAUCGGCUUCGUGCAGCAAGAGCCGAUCCUGUUCGACCGCACCAUCGGGGAGAACAUCGCGUACGGGAACAACGAGGCGCGCGUCUCCAGCGACGAGGUCAUCGAGGCAGCCCAGCAGGCCAACAUACACAACUUUAUCACUUCACUGCCUUUGGGUUACGACACAAACAUCGGAUCUAAAGGCACGCAGCUAUCAGGUGGACAGAAGCAGAGAGUGGCCAUCGCGCGCGCUCUCAUUCGGAGACCCAAGAUGUUACUGCUGGACGAGGCCACCAGCGCACUCGAUACUGAGAGCGAAAAGGUGGUACAAGAAGCAUUAGAUAAAGCUAAAGCAGGCCGUACGUGUGUGAUGAUAGCUCAUAGACUCAGUACAGUCAGGGACGCUGACGUCAUCUGCGUCAUCCACGAAGGACAGGUCGCAGAAAUGGGGACACAUAACGAACUACUCGAACUUAAAGGACUGUACUACAACUUAAAUAGGAGAGGAUACGCUUAAGUUAUGUGUUUUUAUGUCUAGGAGUAUUUACUUAUUAUGGAUGGUUAGUUAAACAGUCUCUCAGCGCUUGGCAGGCUCGGAGAUCGCAGAUUACCGAAAAUUUAGAGGAUGCCUCUUGUACUUCUGAUGUGUAUAAUUCUGAUGUACUUAUGUUCCGACCGCUGAACAUAACCCAGUCAUAUGUGAAUCAUGUUUUAUAUUACAAUUUACCUAUACUAUAUAGGUAUUUAUUAGAAACACUGCUUCGCCCAAGAAGUCUUGGGUUCAAUUUGAAUCACAACUUUUUCCACUAUAAAUAAGUACAUACUUAAUUACUUAAGCCAAAAAGAUUUGGCGGUGCCUGUAUAUAAAACUUAACUUGUAUAAAUUCAGCUUCAAAAGCUGCAAUAAGUAUUUUCUAAGAAAGUAUAAAUAUUAAUUAUGGGCCUAUUAAUUAUUUUACAAUGUCUGAUUAAGUCACUGUUAGCCUAACGAACCGAUUAUAUUAUUAUUAUUUACAUUCCAUAUGGAAAAUACAAUUAUGUAAACUUGUAUGUUUGCAAACGCACCCACGACACAUGAGAAGAUGCUAGUGUGGGGGCAACAUUAAAAAAAAGUUAAGCUAACAGCCACUUAAUCAACCUGGCCCCGUAAUCAAUAAGUAUUCUAAUAAAUCGUGUAUUAUGAUUGUAUUAAUUAAGCUUAAAAAUAUUUUGAGACAUAUUUUAUUUAAUCUUGAUAAAUAUAAUCUGCGAACACUUGAAUAAAAUCAACACUUAAAGAAAUAGACAAAGGAUAGUAUUAGGAUAUUAUGGCAUUUAAUACUUAUAAUGAUGUUUAAUGUGAUAUGAAAAGAACUACAUUACCUACGUAUAUAGUUACCUACCAUAUUUUGUUCUUAAGUUAUAUAUUUUAAGUAACAGUGAUGUGCCUAGGAUGCCUUUAAUGUAGUUACCUACCUAUGUACUGUAUUACAAUGAUACCUAAGAAAUAAUAAUAGAAAUUAAAACAAUUAGGUACAUACUUAUUUAAUUUAUUUUGUACAAACUUAUACUUAUGUAGAUUUAUAAAAAUCUUUACAAUACCGACAAUAUUACAUUAAGUAUGGUAAAUAAUUAAAAAAGUUGUGCCUAUUGUGGUCAAUGUGCCUCUAAUUUACUGAAUCAAAUUAAAUCUAGACCACAGUAAUUAUGCUAAAGCAACCAGUGAUAAUGAUUUAGAUUUGUUUAUUUUUGUAAUUUAUUUAUGACAAUAGGAAAUAAAAUUAUAUUUUUUGUUAUAAAAAAAA